ACGUUUUUAAAAUGGCAAACCGGCGUCGUUCUAACCUAUAAGAUACUAGAAUUUUGAGCGGAAAUUUAGUUUUGUUCAAUUGUAUUUCGCGUUAAUUGAUUGAAAAUUAUGACAGAAACUCAGCAGAAAGCAAAAUGUAUUACGCUGAAAGGAUCGGCAGAGCUGGUUAAAGAGUAUCUUCUUUAUGGCGUAAACAGCAUUUUGUACCAAAGAGGCAUUUAUCCGCCAGAAACAUUCGAACCCGCCGAACAUUUCGGUUUGUUCGUUUUAAUGUCGACGGAUGAAAAGAUCAAAGGAUUCUUGAAUACUGUUCUUGGCCAGAUUCAAGAAUGGCUCACUCAACGAAAAGUACAAAAGAUCACGCUCGUUAUAACAAACGUGAAUACCAAAGAAGUAUUAGAGAAAUGGGAUUUCAAAGUGGAUUAUGAAGGUCGGGCCUCUAAUGGUGCCAAUGGCAAUAAAAGUAAUGGUCUACCUGAAGUAGGUACAAAGGAUAUGAAGACAAUACAAAGAGAGAUUCGUGAAGUCAUACGUCAAAUCACAGGUACUGUAAGUUUUCUUCCACUAUUGGAUUGUUUAUGUUCGUUUGAUAUUUUGACAUAUACUGUACCUGACUGUAGUAUCCCGAAAGAAUGGGAUGAAACACAGCCAGUGUUCAUUGCAAAUAGUCAAGAAGUACAAUUACGAUCAUUUUCAACUUCUAUUCAUAAAAUGGAUACUAUAGUUAGUUAUAGGAACGUUUAGAAAUUACAUGUUUUAUCUAUAAUUGAAAUCUAUAUAUAUGAAAUAUGUUUCUUUUAUCUUGUUAGCAAUAGUUAAUACUAAAGACUGCUGUUUAAUAUUUUAUGAAGAUGAAAGUGGUCAUGUUGUUCCAAAGGGUUUGAACAUACAUAUGAAUUAU